GGAUUUUCUUUUGGGCAUUUUGCCUACCUGUCACUUGUGGGAAAAAGAUAACGCGUUCACUGUUUCAGAAAAAGCGUCUUAUUUUAGGUUGUUUAGUGCAAAUUCGCUUUUUAAUGUGAAUAGCAAGUGUCCAAAUCCAGCAGGAUGCCGCCAACAAUACAGAACGGAUCAAAUGGGGCCGAUAAACGAGUGGUGGCACGUCCACAAGAAAAAAGAUCGGAACUAAUCACCCGUGUUAAAUUUUGCAACACCCUGCCGGAUAUUCCUUUCGAUCUUAAGUUUAUUACGUAUCCAUUCGAAAAUGAUCGCUUCAUACAGUAUAAACCCACAUCGUUGGAGCGUAAUUAUCGUUACGAAGUGCUUACCGAACACGAUCUGGGAGUGACAAUCGACCUAAUCAAUCGAGACCUAUACCAGAUUGACCACCUAGCUCAGCUGGAUCCGGCCGAUGAGAAACUGCUUGAAGAAGACAUUCACACCCCGCAGGAUUCGAUGCGCAGCAGUCGACAUGCUAAAUCCGUUUCCUGGUUGCGGAAGUCCGAGUAUAUUUCAACUGAACAAACCCGGUUCCAGCCGCAAACGAUGGAGAAAGUGGAAGCCAAGGUCGGUUUCAAUGUAAAGCAAAGCUUGCGUGAGGAGACACUUUACAUGGACCGAGAGGCGCAAAUUAAGGCCAUCGAGAAAACUUUCGACGAUAACAGGAAUGAAAUUACGAUGCAUUAUAGUAAACCGGGCGUGACAGCAGUCGAGGUGCUUCCGGUGUUUCCAGAUUUCGCCAACUGGAAGUACCCCUGCGCUCAGGUCAUUUUCGAUUUCGAUCCUGCUCCAGCCGGGAAGAACGUUCCAGCUCAGCUGGAGGAAAUGUCCCAGGCUAUGAUCCGAGGUGUGAUGGACGAAAGUGGUGAGCAGUUUGUUGCCUAUUUCCUACCAACGGAAGAAACACUGGAAAAACGACGUCGGGAUCUGGUCAAUGAAACACUGUACGAAGAUGAGGAAGAGUAUGAGUAUAAAAUGGCUCGAGAGUACAAUUGGAACGUCAAGAGUAAGGCCUCAAAGGGAUACGAAGAAAAUUACUUUCUGGUGCUCCGUCAGGAUGGAGUUUACUAUAAUGAGCUUGAAACGCGUGUGCGUCUGAGCAAACGCCGUCAAAAGGCCGGUCAGCAGCCGAACAACACUAAGCUAGUGGUGAAACAUCGUCCUUUGAAUGCUCCGGAACAUCGUAUGCAGCGAUACCGGGAACGCCAACUCGAGCCACCGGGUGAAGACGACGAAGAGGAUGUUGAGGAGGAGGAGGAAGAGGACGAAGAAAUGGAAGAGGAGCUGCAAGAGACCCAAGAGGAGGAAGACAAGCAGUUGGAACAGGGAGAAGAAGGUGCAAGAAGCCGUUCCGGAAGUCGCUCCCGUUCACGUUCACGCAGUGGUUCCGAACGAUCCCGUUCGAGGUCCGGCUCUCGGUCACGUUCCGGAUCAAGAUCUCGGUCCGGCUCGCGAUCACGUUCGGGAAGCCGUCAUAGCCGCAGCCGAUCUAAGAGUGGCAGCCGCAGUCGUAGUGCUUCCCGUUCCCGCUCUCGUUCCGGAUCAAGAUCGCACUCGGGUUCACGGUCUCGUUCAGGCUCACGCAGCCGUUCCGGAUCGAGGUCACGGUCUGGGUCGCGAUCGGCCGGAUCUCGCUCUCGUUCCGGUUCGCGAAGCCGUUCAGGCACUCCAGCAUCGGGAAGAGGAUCACGCAGCCGUUCGGGCAGUCGCUCCGGAAGCGAGCACAAAUCGGGCAGCGAAUCGGAGUGAGCGACGUUUCGAUGGGACUUUCAAUUUAUUACAUGUACUAAACAAAUACUAGAAAUAAAUAUCUUGAUUAUUUCAAA